AUGACUGAACCCAAUAUUUGGGAGAAAAUUACGGCCUAUUUGGCCGAAAAUAAACUUCAAACGGCCAAAGAGGGCGAUGAUUGGCAGCAAGAGGUAAUGGAAAAGCCAAUAGAAGAAUCCACAGAUGAGGUUAUCGAAGACCAGAGAUUGGAUUGCAUUUAUGAUGAUGAACCGUUAGGCUUCGAAGAGGAUCCCAUGGGAUCCACUACCAAAAUGAAAGCACAAGAUCCCCUCGAAGAGAUUGAUCUGGGAGAUGGUACUGUUAAAAGACCUACUUAUGUAAGCGCCAAAAUCUCUGAAGGAUUCAAAACUCAAAUUGCAGAGCUAUUGAAAGAAUAUAAAGAUUUCUUUGCAUGGGAUUACAAUGAAAUGCCUGGUUUAAAACGGGAAGUGGUGGAAUUAAAAUUGCCAAUUCGACCAGACAAAAAGCCAGUCAAGCAAAUUCCUCGUAGGUUCGCUCCACAGAUCCUACCAAAGAUCAAAGAAGAGAUCGACAGAUGUCUGAAAUGCGGCUUUAUCAGGCCUGCAAGGUAUGUAGAUUGGCUAGCAAAUGUAGUUCCAGUUAAAAAGAAAAAUGGAACCAUAAGGGUAUGCAUAAAUUUUAGAGAUUUGAAUCUCGCUACCCCUAAAGACGAAUACCCAAUGCCGGUAGCAGAAAUGCUAGUAGAUUCAGCGGCGGGUUUCGAUUACUUGAGUAUGCUAGAUGGAUAUUCUGGCUAUAAUCAAAUUUUUAUUGCAGAAGAAGAUAUCGCUAAGACUGCAUUUCGAUGCCCAGGGGCAUUAGGAUGUUAUGAAUGGCUAGUUUACAUUGAUGACAUUGUGGUAAAAUCUUCUUCGGAAGAAAGACAUUUGGAACAUUUACGCCAAUCAUUCGAAAGGAUGAGGCGAUAUGGGUUGAAAAUGAAUCCUUUAAAAUGCGCAUUUGGGGUUUGUGCAGGUGAUUUCUUAGGUUUCGUAGUGCAUAAAAAGGGGAUCGAAAUCAACCAGAACAAAACCAAGGCAAUAAUUGAGACCAAAGCUCCUUCUACGAAGAAAGAGUUGCAGUCAUUACUGGGAAAAAUCAACUUUCUCUGGAGGUUUAUAUCAAAUCUGAGUGGUAAGACACAAGCUUUCUCACCAUUACUCCGACUAAAGAAAGAUGAUGUUUUCAAAUGGGAACCAGAGCACCAAAAAUCUUUUGAUGAAAUCAAGUCAUAUUUGGUAAAUCCUCCGGUUCUUUCUCCUUUGUUGAAAGAUAGGAGAAUGAAGUUGUACAUAGCAGCGUCAGAUGGCACCAUAGGAAGUAUGUUAGCACAAGAGGAUGAACAUGGCACAGAAAGGGCCAUUUACUAUUUAAGUCGUGUACUCAAUGAUGUUGAAACAAGAUAUCAUCCUAGUGAAAAACUUUGUCUGUGCUUAUUCUUCUCAUGUACAAAACUUAAGCAUUAUAUAAAGCCUUUUGACGUUUAUGUUUAUUCUCAUUUUGAUAUUAUUAAGCAUAUGUUAUCGAAACCUAUUCUACACAGCAGAGUCGGAAAGUGGGCCUUAGCAUUGACAGAAUAUUCACAGACUUGUCAGUCAUUAAAAGCUGUCAAAGGCCAGAUUGUAGCUGAUUUUAUUGUAGAUCAUUCAGUAGACAAGGUUUUGACAACUGAAAUAAAAAACCAUCCUUGGAAAUUAUAUUUCAAUGGUUCCAGUCACAAAAAUGGUACCGGAGUUGGAAUAAUGAUAAUUUCACCCAAACACCAUGUAUUUAAAUAUAUGUUUCGAAUUAAUCAAUUUUGCUCUAACAAUGAGGCUGAAUAUGAAGCCUUGAUUACGGGUCUAGAAAUAGCGCUCGAACUGGGGGCAAAAUCCAUCGAAAUUAAAGGAGAUUCUGAACUGGUCCUUAGACAGAUGACUAAAGAGUAUAAGUGUGUCAAGGAAAGUUUGGUCACCUAUCAUGCGAUGGCCAGCAGAUUGUUAAAACAAUUCACUCAUGUGGAAAUUCGGCACAUACCUCGAAUGGAAAACCAAGAUGCAAAUGAUCUGGCACAGAGGGCCUGUGGAUACAAAAUACCGAAAGAUCAGAUGCAAGAGCCGAUAGAGAUCAGAAACAGACGAAAUUCGAUGCAAUCGUUCUCUAGCAAAUCGUUAACACCAAAACUCGGGGGGACUGAAGCAUGCCAAAAAGUGCAAUAUUUGGAGAAUCCAGAUGGAACCACUUGUCGAAAGGUAAAAUACAGAGCCUUGAGCUAUGUAAUAAUGGGCAACGAAUUAUUCAAAAAGACUUCGGAAGGAGUUUUGUUGAAAUGCCUGGGUGAAACAGAUGCAUAUUUGGCUGUUUCCAAUACACAUGGCAGAACUUGUGGAACGCACCAAGCAGGCCAUAAAAUGAAAUGGCUUUUAUUUCGACAAGGGCUAUAUUGGCUAACUAUGCUCAAAGAUUGCAUAGAUUUCGCAAAAGGAUGCCAGGGAUGCCAAAAAUACGCUGGAAUUAUGCGCGUCCCAGCAAGUGAACUUCAUGCGAUAAUUAAACCUUGGCCAUUUAGAGGAUGGGCUUUAGACGUGAUAGGGGAGAUCAAACCCACCUCAUCGAAAGGAUAUAGAUACAUCUUGGUAGGAAUAGAUUAUUUCACAAAAUGGAUAGAAGCAAUUCCCUUAAAAGAUGUUACUCAAGAGGAAGUUAUAAGUUUCAUCCAGAAAUUCAUAAUCUAUAGGUUUGGUAUUCCAGAAACUAUAACCACAGACCAAGGAUCCGUAUUCACUGGUCGAAAGAUGGCGAAGUUUGCCGAAGAUAUAGGUUUUAAAUUGCUAACCUUGACACCAUAUUAUGCACAAGCAAAUGGUCAAGUUGAAGCAGCGAACAAAAAUAUCAUUGCCAUUAUCAAACGCAAAAUAAAGGCAAAACCCAAAAAUUGGCCUGAAGUUUUAGGCGAAGCUUUGUGGGCAUGUCGAACAUCUCCCAAAGAAUCGACAAACACUACACCUUUUAGGUUAACAUUCGGUCAUGAUGUCGUGCUACCGGUAGAAAUUUUGCUUCAAUCGGUCAGAGUCCAAAGGCAAUGCGAAAUACCAGUUAAUCAUUAUUGGGACAUGGUCAUGGACGAAUUGAUCGAUCUCAAUGAAGAAAGAUUAACAGCAUUAGAAGUCCUUGCAAGACAAAAGGAGAGGGUAGCAAAAGUAUAUAAUAAAAAGGUGAAAUCGAAACUUUUUACCCAAGGAUAUUUGGUGUGGAAAGUCAUUUUACCAAUGGAUAAAAAAGAUAGAGUUUUGGGAAAAUGGUCACCCAGUUGGGAAGGACCAUGGCAAAUAUUGAGAGUCUUUUCGAACAAUGCAUACGAGAUCGAAGAACUAAAUGAAGAUCGAAGGAUCUUGCGUAUAAACGGAAAGUACUUGAAAAAGUAUAAACCAACAUUACAAGAAAUUAAGAUCAUACAGGAGUAA